GAGAGAGAAGCGGACAAAAACAGAAGUAGAGGACAACGCUUCGCAAGAAGCAAAGAAAGUCAAAGUCCUUGUAGUGUAUCACGUAGAAGCACUUAACUCCUCCGGUAGACUAGGAGUACUACUACCUAGGGAUGCGAAUGAAUGAAUCAAUCAUGGAAUACAACAACUAGAUGCAUGGCUGUUCGUCUAUUCCAGCAGCAUAAUCGUAGCACGACGACCACAAUCAUUUAGGGCCUAAAAGUACAACAAGUACUGGAAGUACAACUACAAGAGCUAAAAGAAAAUGUAAAUGAAGCAAAAAUUUAUUUAGCAAGGUAGACAACACCAAAAAAUGACCGUGACGGCGACACCAGCGACUGGGCCGCUCUCGUCUACGGUAUGCGCUUGAUACCAAAACGACCGGACCCACCGUGUGCAACUACAGUUUAUCGUGACGCUCGCACUGUUUGAUGCUCGCAACAUAUAUUCUGGAAGCAAAACCAAGCGUGUGAAGCGUGAGGCAAAAAAGAGAUUCACUCACUGGAGAAAAAGCUGCUGUUCUUGUGAUCGACCCUCGUGGUCAAUCUUAGCGAAGACGAAGACAGGCUCUGGCUCAUGAUCGUCUGAUCUCGAACCAAGGACCCCACAGUCUUCGAGUCUAAAAAAUCGGCGGGACCCCGAACAACGGACACGCUACAAGCGGGAGAACUGCGCUCCUAAGGAGAAGUUUUCAUCACGACUGAGAGCAAGUGUUUUGCUAUUUUGAGACAUCUUACUUUCUGCCUGCUCCACCUCCUCGGAAUCCUCGAUUCUUGGAGCACAUGAUCGGCAGGAGGGAAGACAACAUUGCCAGCAGCAACAGAUUUUGGUGAACCUAAGCCGCGCUGCAGAACGUAGUUGUAGUUCCGCAAAAAAGCGAAGGCGAAAAAUUACAGAGGAUUCGGAAUAUUGCAGGUUUUGAAGAGGUCGUCGAUAGAUCGUGGUCUUGCAGGAAUCGAGCCGCCUCGAACAAACAUCCCCUUUUAUCCCGACAACUACAAGUAGAAGGCGAGGCGCUUUUUCGGACUACAGCAAAGAUCAUGUUCGGUCGCAAGUUCAGUCCUCUGGGGUCGCCUGGAUCCGUCGAUUAUCACAGAGCAGGUGAAGAGCUAAUCCGCAACGUGCGGCGCUACAACGAGCUUGACGCAGUUUACGAGCACCCAACAACAGGCGCAAAAGUGCAUUAUUAUUUAUUAUACUGAGUUUCGUAGUGUAUGCUACAUUCAAGAGAGAUAGAAAGUUGUCGUUGGAAAACGAAACUAGUGCAUCGACCUAAAAGUCAAGGUGGAUGAUUCUCAUUCUUUCUCUACUCCACCAAUCCAUAUACAUCAAGGUGUAUAUUGGCAACCUCGUAUCGGCGCAGACAAAGGGCAUUCUCGACCGACACGGGAUCCGACGAGUAGUCAACUGCCAGGAUACCACAACGGAAAACUAUCACCAGUCGAAUCCAGAAUUCGAAUACUUUCGAUUCCCAAUAUCACACUGGUAUGAUUGUUCUUCAUUUUCAGUCAAACUCAAGUAAGUACUUUUAAUGAUCGAUCAACACGCUCAUCAUCAAGGGACUUUGGUACUUAAAAGUGCUUCCUGGUAGUUGUUAAGCUUAAGCUUACAGUUAGUACGGUUACGAAUUUACUACUCAUCAUCUUCGCGCCAAACACAUUGAAGAUGCAUACCCGUUCGCUUUCUUGGUCUUCUAGAAUAAGCGUUCAGUUCAGGUGGCGAGAAUCGUCGAUGGACUCGGCGGAAAACGUUCUAAAGUUUUUCCUUAGCGUAUUCAAGUGGAUAGACACUUAUGGAGUUUCAAUGAAAUUCAAUAUCUUCUUCAGCCACCAAAAAAUAUAGUAAUAGGUACACUGACAAUCAGUUACUAUCAAUUAAUAUGCUAAUGCUUUUAUUAUCAAGGAAACUAGCCGUCUGGUUUUCCUCGAUGGAUCGGAUGUAAGUAGUUCGUACUCUUAGUCCCUUCUCGCAUCGAGUUGUAAUGUGUAAGUACAACCUGCUUCUGAAGAAGAUAAUUGUGUAGUUCGGCUUCUAUUCUAACAUUGGCAGAUUGAACAAGGAAAAAGUGUCCUGGUCCACUGUCUCGCGGGUGCACAUCGAGCCGGCAGCACGGGUGUCGCGUAUGUGAUGUACGCAAGAAAUAUGGGCUUCGACGAUGCGCUGGCAUAUGUAAAGAACCUGCGACCUAUAGUUGACCCAUUCGGACCCCUUGAAGACUUGCUUCGCAGGCUCGAAAAAGGUAUCAUUGAAGAAAGUAACUUUUACAACUUGCUUUUGUUCGAUUUAUUGUAGUUCUUGUUUUUGUGAACUACAACUACUUACACUUACCCUUACGAGUUUCUUCUUGAACGACUUGCUGAACGUCGUAACAGCUACCAAAUACGGUUUUCAGGUUUGAAAGUCGGCGCGACAAUCACAUUAAGGCACGAUUUGUUUGAGUUUACAAGCAAAGCUAGAGUCCUCCUCCCAUUCACUAACACUAGUAUUUUUUUCUACUUCUUCUUGAUUUUGAGAGAACUGCUAAUUUUCGGCUCAGAGCAUAUGGCGUCGGGCGGGAAACCGCUGCUAGGCAUGGGACGCGCUGCCGCGGCUACGCGCAGGAUUGGCGCCUAAACCAUCAUCAUUCAAGCCAACGAACUGCGCGAUCACCAUGGUUCGAAGCCGGUACAAUUUGAAAACAAUACAGCAGUUCCUUAGUUUAAUGAACCAUUGGUACUGUCUCUGUGGGUCUAUUACAUUCAUAACAUACGACUAGACCACUUUGGAUCUUUACAUCUUCCUUUCUCGAGAAAAUACCAAAGUAAGCUGAAUCUCCAGUGGAAGAUUGGUUAUCUUCGCCUUGACGAGUCUAGAAGGGUCAACUAUUUCUCUCCUAGAGAUUGAUAAAUUAGGUGCAGGUAUGAAACAUUCCAUUUCCAACAGAUAUUUCCAAUAAUUCAAUUAUGGUCACUCGAGGACCACAUGCUGGUAUGCUUGUGCUACGUACUAGAUGAAGAACAGGCUCAAGUUGUGAAAUAUUUUUUCAUGAAGAAUAUGCAUAAUAUGAUCCGCAUGAUAACGAUGAAGAUUGACCUCCAUACAACGAGGACCAGGACGCUCAAGUUGAAUUUUACUUGUCGUCCUGCUACUGCUUGAACCAGCAUUAUUUAUUUAUUUUCCUACGAUGUCGAUAAUCAUGAUGUCGAUGCAUUUUCAAAUAUUGGCUGAUACUCAUAAUUGUGAUCCUGCUG